AGAAUGGCAGGUGGGAGAGCGGGAGUUGAAGAUGGAUGUGUGGCUUAGCAUAAAAGAGCGGGUCCAUCCGGGGGCGGUGGUUCCCCCCCAGCGAUGCAAAAUGCGCGGGAAGAGACCCUGGAUCCACACGGUGGAUAUCAGUGACUUUGUUCGAGGUUGAGGAUUAUCAAAGUUGUAGGUAAUGGGAAUAGAAUGUUGGAUGAUGUUUAGAUGUUUGAGAAGAGAACAAAAAUAGGAGACUUUUGGAUUCAUAUUUGUUCCAAGUUACAAGUCUUGUGAGACAGGAGAAAAGUAGAAUUAGCUCAAGAUUGUCUGAGUGUGCACUUCAUCAUCAGUCAAGCGAACGUAACGCAGGGCAGAAUGGGCUUAAAUGAGCCGACUGGGCUAUAACCUGGGGAAAGCUACACUAAGCGACGAUUGUGAUGGCCCUGUAUCCCGUCUACAUAGGAGAAGAAAAUCUAGAACGUUGAAUGUGAAAAAGUGCCCUGCGGCUGUGGAAAUGGUGGUGAUUAAUUGGUAGGACCUCGAACUUGAGUUUGCAGCCACAAGGGCUUGGUGAGACAUGGCUCGCAGCCUUGUGGGCGCUCCAACGGCCAACUUGCUGGGCCGGUUACGAUGCUUGGAGAUUGGCUUUUCCCGCCCUAGAACUAUGAUAAAUAGGAAAAAGAGUGCCGAUGAUUACUGAGAGCUACUAUCGAAGAAAAGACAUCACCAUCUCGAUCAGUGACUUCUUUUGAAGUUGUGUCGAAAAGGCGAGAUUCCAGCUGCACAGCCUCGGAGCAGAUCAAAAUCGUGCAUUGGCGGGAGAGGCUGAUGGCGAACUAGCCCCUGUUUGGCGAAAAGUCGUCUCCCCUGCCCCCCCGGUUUGUCACCUGCAAACCACAAUCCUGCUCGCAACAGAGCGACAUCCCACGCCCUAGGUUCCCUCUUUUCCAUCAGUCGUUUGCAUCUCUACAGUAAUUUAAUCAAUCUUUUCUUCAUCUUCACCUUCUUCCUGCGAUACCUGUCUUGUUCUGGCGCCCGAGUCUGAUUUUUCGACAACCGCCGACAAGCAACGCGUCCCCUCGCUUCUCCUAACGACACCACCUCAGCACCCCCCGGCCGUUCCCGUUGGUUCUUGGCCUGCACUCCCUGAAGCAUUGCCAACCCUCGAACACCUCAACUCCUCCCAGUGUUUCAGAGUGCUCUCUGUGGACACACAACUCGCAGCACAACACCCCCUGCCCCAACAGUCCCGUCUCCUGGGUGCUGCAACACUUCUUCAAAUCGCCAAAAGAUUCGCGCCUGUGAACAAUAACCGCUCGCUGUUGUGAGUGUGCAGGUUCACCACCUUCGACGACCACCCCCGAGCCAGAGACCAGGCGUCUUCUGCCCGACCGACCACGACUUUUUCUUACCUUCCCCUCCCCCUCGACCGGCCGGCCCUUCAAUCUCCCUCGACCCACCGACCAUCGACGCCAAACCACAAGUCACAAAACUCAAUUCAGCCAUUAACCAGACAUCUCGCAAAGCCGCCGUCCUGGCUUCCCAACGAGACAUUCGCCGGUCGUAUUUGGCCGGCUCGGGCUCGCAGCCGAUCGCGAUCGCAAGUUUUGACGGAACAAACAGCGGAUUCAGAGACAGCCGCCCUCCAGUGAUGGCUUCCACAGUCGGGCCAGCGCGGCCAAAACAAAAGCUCUUCUCGACGGACUUCCUCAGCAACACAUGGGCGAAGCUCUUCUUUUUCAUCGUCGGCCUACAGGCUGUAAUUUGCGUGGCUUUUGAAUGUUAUGUGUUUGCGAGAUUCCAGUUUGGCCUUCAAUUUCAAGAAGGCGAAAUCCCAGAUGAGGCACAACGACGAAGGUUACAAUCGAGAUACCGUACGAUUCCGACUUUCUUGGCGCUCUUCAUCUUCGGAUUCCUCUACGUUUUGGUCUUGGCGUGGGACGCACUGCGGAUGAAGAACACGAUUCAGAUUAUUGGGCUGUGUGUGGCCAACCUGGCACUCUUUGUCUACACCAUCCUCCAGAUUGAUCAGAUUGAAAAGUCACUGGAUAUUCUGCAGGGUGCUUUACUCCUAAAGGACAGCGAUAAAGGUGGUGAUUCGAACAUUGUCUGGGCGCUGUCCAAACCCUUCUUGAUAGCCGUUCCAGCAAUCGUGGGCGUGGUCACCGUCGCCAUGUCUUGUAUCGCCUAUCAGCUAUACCGCGAGUUCGCUUGGGACAUUCUGAAGCAGAUUGGUGCUGACUACCGCAUGAAGAAGCGGUUCCUUCACUACCAGAUUUACAUCGCCCUCUUGAAGUUUGAUUUCUUCUUCUUCUUGGGUUUCACUGUGCAGUUCUUGGUCGUUGUCAACAACACCAAGAAUAACUUCGAGCUCGGCCUGCAAGUGGCGGCGGUUCCUAUCACGAUCGCCAUCCUUCUAUGCGCCGCCUUCUUUACGCAGCGCGAGAACAAGAUUGGAGUGACGUUGACCAUCGUCUUGUACUUCGGCGCGCUCUCUUACUUCUUCUUCAAGCUCGUCCGCAUUUACCAGCCCGGUCAUAAACAGGAUUACGAAGCCGUCCAGAAGUCGCUGACAGCCUUUGCUGUCCUGACCAUUCUCCUCAUCAUCUUGACCAUCAUCAACGGCUUCGUCUGCAUGAGCAACUUUGGCGCCGGGCUCAAGGACCACCUUCUUAAGCCGAGAUACUCCGACCCCGAGAAGGAAGACGCAAAUUCGUACCAAAUGAACGAUCAGAAGCCACCACUGCCAAGUCGAAUGACGAUUGACUAAAUGGCUUUUCUUCUUUGUCUUUUUUUGUUACUUUUUGGUUUGGAGGGAGUUCAAAUUUUGUUUUGUGUUUUAAUUCUAUAAAGGCCGAUCGGAACGGUUGAUCCAUCUUUUUGUUGGAAAUAGAGAGGAAGAAGAGAGUUACACCGAUCGGAUCAAGCGAAGCGAGCAUUUAUUUUUCGUCUUUUAUUUUUUUGCUUUUUGACGUUUUGUGUUGCUCUCUCGACAACCAGAGAGGGGAAGCAGAACUAACGACCAUUUUAUGAAAUUGAGCAAGUGUUGUGAGGGAAGAGAAGGAGGAGAAAGGGGAGAAUUGAAGGAGAGUCUUGUCUUACCUCGAAUGAUAGGCUGGUUCUGGAGAGAGAGAAGGAGCAAGACUUGUAACCAUGCACACAUGUCAACACAGAGAUAUCCCAUUUUCAUUUUUACAUUGUUUAAACCAUCAUCAUUAUCUCUUUCUCUUUCUGUCCUGUGAUUGCUGGAUAUAUAUGUGAGGUGGGUACGGAAGGGGUUCAACUUGUCAUGGGGGAUGAGGCUGGUCGGGGAAUAUGGCGUCUUUUUCUAUUCUUGGCUUUUUUUUUUGAGAGUAUUUUUGGAUAGCAACAAGAAAAUAAAUUUCAACAAGGAAAAACAUCUCAACAA